GGAUGGUUUUGUUUACAGAUUUUGAUUUGAUUUAUUCUAUUUCUAUUUCUCUCUCACAUCUUUUUUUUUUUUAUUCUUAUUAUACUAUUUUUAUUUUUCAACUUGUAUAUUAUGUUUUUUUUUUUAUUGUUUGUUUGUUUGAACACAACACUCUUUCUAUUUAUAUUUUUAUAAAUACAUAAACUAUAUAUAUAUUAUAUGACACGGAACACUUCUGAAUACUGUAAAAAAAAAUAAUAUUUUUUUUAACUCAUUAUUAUUGAUGAGCAAACAAAGUUCAAAACAUUUAUGUUU